AUGGCCCCAAAGGAGCUCAACUUCAUCACCGGCAACGCCAACAAGCUCCUCGAGGUCAAAGCCAUCUUGGCCGACAGCGGCGUCGAGCUGCGCAGCCAGAGCGUUGACCUGGUUGAGAUUCAGGGCACCGUCGAGGAGGUGACACUCGACAAGGCCAAGCGAGCUGCCGAGCACGUCGGCGGCCCCGUCCUUGUUGAGGAUACCUGCCUCUGCUUCAAGGCCAUGAAUGACCUUCCAGGGCCGUACAUCAAAUGGUUCAUGCAGUCCAUCGGCGUGCAGAACCUCCACAAGAUGCUUGACGGCUUCGAGGACAAGUCGGCGCAGGCCGUCUGCACCUUCGCCUACUGCGAGGGCCCCGGCAGCGAGCCCAUCCUCUUCCAGGGCCGGACGGAUGGCAAGAUCGUGCCGUCGCGCGGCCCCACCAACUUCGGCUGGGAUUCUACCUUUGAGUACGAGGGCCAAACGUACGCCGAGAUGCCCAAGGUCGAGAAGAACAAGAUCUCGCACCGCGGCAAGGCUCUCGAGAAGCUGAAGGAGUGGCUGAAGACCAACGUCGACUGA